AUGGAUGAACAGUGGGAUCUGGUCAUCUCGUCGCUUCAAGAUAUCUAUAACGCGAAUGCGGUUAUGGCUUAUGAUGAUGAUGUACAGUUAAAAGAGAUAGAACUGAAUACACUUUCUGAUGAGAAACUACGAGAACAUUUGGAUCACUAUAGCAGUCACCUGCAUAAUAUAAGAAGAGCUCAGAGAUUAAUAGAUUCAGUGGGGGAAAAUGUUAAACUUGUAUUGGAACACGCUCAGGAGAGAGAAAGAAUGGCAUCAAAAGUCCCCCCUCCUGCAUCACCAUCCGCUGCUAAAAUAGAGAGCAAUACUGGAGAAGAUACUACAAAUGCCACGGUUACGGAGAACGAACCACCAAAAGCGCCAGCAGAAGCGACAGCAGAAGCGCCAGCAGAAGCGCCAAUAGAAGCGCCAACAGAAGCACCAUCAGAAACAUCAGUGGAAGCACCAACAGAAGCACCCACCAGAGAGGCUCUAGAUACACAGGCUCAUCCACAACCGCAGUUUCAACAAACUGCCAGACCAUUGGGUAGAUCCGGCUGGAUUAGCCAGUACAACCCUAAUGGCCCUAUCUCUAUUGGUUCAGAGGUUGCAUUUAAACCAAAGAAGGGUGGUGAGGGUGAAUGGUUUCAAUGUGUUGUAGUCAAAGUUUCAGCUGACGGUUUGAGGUUUGAAGUAAGAGAUCCCGAGCCUGAUGAACUGGGUAAUCCUGGAAAGACGUUCAAAUGUAAUUGGCGAGAUAUCAUUUUCAUACCGCCGGAGGGAACGGAUCCAAAAUCUCAAACUCCAAAUUAUCCACCGGGUACAAAAGUUCUGGCAAGAUAUCCGGAGACAACUACAUUUUAUCCAGCUGUUGUGAUUGGAAGUAAGAGAGAUGGUACUUGUAGACUAAGAUUCGAUGGUGAAGAAGAAGUGGACAAAGAAACAGAAGUAUUGAGAAGAUUAGUACUACCCUGUCCAACGAUUUCAUCAAUUAUGGCCAAGAAAUGA